AUGCCGUCCACAGACCGUAUCUUUCAGCUUAGCGGCACAUGCAACAAUUACGAUUGGGGCAAAAAGGGGAGAGACUCCCUCGCUGCCCGCCUCUGUGCCAAUACGCCGAAUACAGAUUUUGAGAUUGACGGUGAUCAACACUACUCAGAGAUGUGGUUCGGCGACUACCCAGACUUUCCUGUCCGUGUUCUCUCCACAGGAGAGCUUCUGGCAGAUGUCCUCCAAAAAAAUAAUAUGACUUUAUUGGGGGACAAGGUCAACAAAGAACUCAACAGACAACUGCCCUACCUCCCCAAAAUUCUCUCUAUCAACAAAGCCCUUCCCCUACAGAUGCAUCCGAACAAGGAGCUGGCGGCCAAGCUCCACAAAGAAGACCCCCAAAAGUUCACCGACCCCAAUCACAAGCCCGAGAUCGCCAUCGCACUAUCUGAUUUUGAGGUCUUCGCCGGCUGGAAGCCGACCAAGCUGAUUGCCCCGCUCUUCAACAUCCCAGCCCUCCGCGCCUUCAUCCCCAACGCCACCUCUCCGUGGACGCAGUCAACUCUGCGUGAAGCUACGCGCGCGAUUCUCCUCGCGAAUGACGACAAGGUUGUUGCGGCACAAGACGCCCUGGCGCAGCUCUCACGCGACGACCUCGGCGAGAACAAGUACAUCCUCGAUCUGUUGCCCCGGCUAAAGCGGGACUUUGGCGCGCAGGAUCCCGGCAUCCUCGUGGCGGUCGUCUGCAUGAAUUUUAUGAAGCUCAAGGCCGGCGAGGCGUUGUUCAUCCCGGCCGACGGCAUCCAUGCUUACCUCUCCGGCGACAUUGUGGAGUGCAUGGCACGGAGCAACAAUGUGCUCAACACGGGCUUCUGUCCCAAGGGCGAUCGGGACAACAUCGACUUGUUCAGCGAUGCGCUGACGUUUGCUGUGCACCGCCCGUCGGAUGCAGUUCUUCCAGCGAAGCGAAGCGAGCGCGGCACAAAUCGCAAGACGCUCCUUUACAGGCCCCCGCUCAGGGAAUUUGACAUGCUCUUGACGAACCUGCAGGAAACCGAUGAGGAGGUCAUUUCAAAGGGCCAGGGCCCUGGCGUUGCGAUUGUUACCAAGGGCGAGGGCGUCCUCGAGGGCGAUGGCCAGGGGUUUGAUGUGAAGGAAGGGUUUAUCUUUUUCAUUGCGCCGGAAGUCGAGGUGAAAUGGCGAAGCAAAGGGGGGUUGCAAGUGUUCACGACGGUCGUGUAA